AUGGAAAAGAAAGAUGAAGAGAGGAAGAAAAAUGAAGAAGAAGAAGAAAAAGAGGAGAAGAAAAGAAGGAGAGAAAUUCCCGGCGACCCUCAACUCUCGCUUUCUCGCUGUUCCAACAUCGAACUUGCUCUGUUUUUCCGAGUUCCCGUCACAGCCCUCACCCUCGGCAUACCAGCAGGCCCGGCGAGUCUCGCCACCGUCAAUUGCUGUCAAGCCACGUUCAGGCCAUCAUCCACCCUCGGGAAAUCUGCUGCACAUCUCCGAGCGCCAUCAUCAACGAGCCCCGCUCCAUCUCUCUCGCUCUAUUGCAGCAGAAAAGAAGAGAACACCUUGUCGGGACACACACCCACGCAUGACCGGGCUCUGAUCGUUGCAGACCCGGGAGGCCCCCAGUUGACCCUACUGGAGGACCUCCAAUCGGAGAGCCCAGAUCACCCCCGGACCAGAUCCCUGGAGGAUAUUCUUUCUGAGAGUCCUUCCCAUCACCGUCCUCAGAUCAGAUCUAGGGCCGCGCGACGCUCAGCCAUCCGACUCUUAUCUCUCUCAGAUAGACAGACACAGCCUAGCCACGGGCAAAACCAGGCCACUCUUGCUCACGUACGAUCCCUAGUUCGUGACCAUAGUAUAGACUUUGUUGCUUUCCUAGAGCCCAUGACCCAUAACCCCUCGUUUGACUUAUAUUCUCGACACCUUGGUUUCCACUCCGGUGUGGGAAACAUAUCUUACAAGAUCUGGUUCUUUUAUUCGCGAGACUUUACAUGUCGGAUCAUCCGUGAUACGGAUCAGGUCCUGCAUGUUGAACUCUCUGCCGCUCAUCUCCCAGAACCAAUCUUUCACACUCUGGUCUAUGCCAGCUGUGCGAGGGUUGGUCGCUAUGAUCUGUGGGACACCAUGCGUGAGAUUGCUGAGAUUAUGGAGGGAUCACCGUGGAUGGUUAGCGGUGAUUUCAACAUCUUUCUUCAUCCCGAUGAGUGCAUUGGUGGCCAGUCGGACCGCUCUGCGGAAAUCUUAGAUUUCGCCCAGGCUGUGGCGGAUUGCAAGUUAAUUGACGCUGGAUACGAAGGUUCGCCAUUCACGUGGGAGAGGGCCGGAGUUAAGAAGAGGCUUGACCGUGCUUUAAUCUCUGAGGCAUGGACAAGGGUGUUUGCGGUCACGACCGUCACACACCUCCCUCGAAUUAAAUCUGACCACGCUCCCCUUCUUAUCCGGUGUCGGUUUUCGAGCACCCCACGUCGCUCUUCCUUUAGGUUCCAGAACAUGUGGACCCGCCACCACACGUUCCAGGACACGCGCCUUAUUGCAGCUCAGAGUGCGUAUGCGGUUGCUGAGCGAGCCUAUGACCUGGAUUCGUCACCAGAGAAUAGGACCGCGAUGCGCCGCUGCCAUGCUGAGUACCAGCUCCGCCUUCUUAUGGAGGAAGAUUUCUGGAAUCAGAAGGCUGCGGUUCGCUGGGUUGCUGAGGGGGAAUGUAAUACCAAGUACUUUCAGGGGUUUGUGAGGCAGAAGCGGGUUAAGUCGUAUAUCCAUUGUAUUGAGGAUAACGGGUCUUCCUUGACUCAGGAGUUUGAGAUACGGGAGUCGGCUGUGACACACUUCCAGUCCCUCUUCACCUCAGAUCGCGUCUUGCUUACGCCCCCCGACGCUGUCGUUUUUCCCACCAUCCCGCAAUCGGUCGACCCUGUUGACCUCUGCGACCUCCCGAGUAGGGAGGAGAUCAGGGAGGCUGUUUUUGGGAUUGAUCCCAACAGUGUCUCUCGCCCGGAUGGCUUCUCGUCUCUUUUCUUCCAAGCCUGCUGGGAGAUUGUGGAGACUGACGUUGAAGAAGCUGUGGUGGAUUUCUUCUCGGGACACCGGAUGCCGAAGUCCUUCACAGCGACCUCUAUUGUUUUGAUACCUAAGAGACCUAGUCCGAGUUACUGGUUCGACUAUAGACCUAUCAGCCUUUGUAAUGUGACCAACAAGAUCGUCUCCAAGAUCCUUAAUGGUCGUCUAGCUCCCCUCCUCCCUUCCCUAGUCUCUCCGAACCAGAGUGGAUUCAUCAAGGAUCGAUCACCAGUGAUAACAUCCUUUUGGCUCAGGAGAUGA